CACUGAUUGCAGGCGGAGGAGGAAGGCGCUGAGGAGCGAGCACAGCAGCCCUACCCGCAGCCGCACAGCAGCACCGCUGAGAAGGGGCGGCGACCAUGAGCGAGGCCACUGAGAACUCCCUGGAGAGCAGCCUGCGGCGGCUGAAAUGCCACUUCACCUGGAACUUGUUGGAGGGAGAGAAUUCCUUGGAUGAUUUCGAAGACAGAGUGUGCCACCAGACGGAGCUGCAGAACGGCGAGUUCAAAGCUACAGCGUGCAACUUGCUGGCCUACAUUAAACACCACCGGGGCCGAGGGGAGGAGGCGCUGCAGUGCUUGCGGCAAGCUGAAGACUUAAUCCAGCAGCAGCACCCUGACCAAGCAGAAAUCCGAAGCCUGGUCACCUGGGGCAACUACGCCUGGGUCUACUAUGGCAUGGGCAGACUCUCCGAAGCUCAGGUCUACGUGGACAAGGUCAGAGAGGCGUGCAAGAAGUUUUCCAGCCCCUACCGAAUGGAGAGUCCCGAGCUGGACUGCGAAGAAGGGUGGUCACGGCUGAAGUGUGGAAGGAAGCACCAGGGAAGGGCGAAGGCGUGUUUUGAGAAGUGUCUGGAAAAGUGCCCGAAGCACCCAGAGUCGGCCUCGGGACUGGCGAUCUGCAGCUAUCGUAUGGAUGAGUGGCGAGUGCCCAAGAAUCCCCUGGAUGCGCUGAGGCAGGCCAUUCGGCUCAAUCCGGACAACCAGUACAUUAAGGUCCUCCUGGCUCUGAAACUGCAAAAGAUGCAGGAGGAAGGUGAAGCAGAGAGGUUAGUGGAAGAAGCUGUGGCGAAAGCCCCCUGUGCCAUAGACGUGCUGCGCGGGGCAGCAAAGCUGUAUCGGAAAAAAAACGACGUGGACAAAGCUAUCGAGCUGCUUACGAGGGCUGUAGAAUGCUCGCCAGACAACCCCUACCUGCACUGCCACCUUGGGGUGUGCUACAGGGCCAAAGUCCUCGAGUGUGAGAAGAGAGGCCAGCGUGGACGGUACGGGGAGAGAGAGGCCUACCAGGCACUGAUCAGACACGCCGUGGGUCAUUUGAAGAGAGCUGAUGAGCUCAACGGAAGUCUCGCCAAUGUGGGCUCCCUUCUGGCCUGCCUCCACCUUCAGGCGGGCCAGUACGAAGAAGCAGAAUAUUACUUCCAGAGAGAAUUCGGCAAAGAGCUCACGGCUGUAGAGCGGCAGGUGCUGCAUCUCCGAUACGGCAACUUUCAGUGGUUUCAGAUGAAGUGCGAAAGCAAGGCCAUCCACCACUUCAUGGAGGGGGUGAAAAUAAACCAGGACCCCAAGGCCACAGGAAAGAUGGAAAGAAAGCUGCGAGGUAUUGCCGACACCAGAAACGGAGACGAUCCCGAGGCUUUGCGCAUCUUGGCAUGUCUUCAGGAGCUGAAUGGGAAAAGGCAGCCAGCAGAGGAAAACUCGGAGAGGGCUGUGAGCUCCGGACGCCUCAGCCCUUCGGCGUUUUUAGGGGAGGAAUGAGGAAUCGGGGUGUCGCGCCACCGGGCUACUCCUGGGAGGGAGGCAAAACCCCUCUUUUGCAGUUGGUAUCGAAAUAUUUAACUACGAGUGUGGCAUAGGCGUGGACUAAGAGAGUGGCCGCAGUACUGGAUUGGGUUGAGUUGCUCAGGGAGUUCCAGAAGAGGGACUAAAUUGGUGUGUGUGGGGGGG